AUGGCUUACCAUUACCUAGCAAAAAGUAGUUCAAGCCAAUUCUGGCCUAUAUUGGCAUACCUAGACUCAUACAAAGACUAUAUAUUUUUGAUUGGUCCUUAUCAUGGACAUAAAAAACCGGCUGAUAGCAAUGACUUUUUAAGGGAUUUUAUAGACGAAGCAGAAGAUUUAGUUAAAAAUGGUAUUUAUUUAGAUAAUACUAUAAGAACAAUUUCUAUUCACGCAAUUUGUGCUGAUGCUUCAGCAAAGUCUUUUAUUUUGAAAAUCAAAGGGCAUACUGGUUAUUUUUUCUGCACCAGGUGUUUUCCAGAGAGUGAACAUGUCGGAAGUACUUGCUUCCCAUUUAAAGAUAGUAAUUCUAGAGAAAGAACACACGAAGAUUAUAUUAACAGACGUCAAGAAGAACACCAUGUAGGUGAUUCAUUAUCUGAUUUAAUACGUAUUCCUGGUUUCGAUAUGGUAAAGUCUUUCCCCUUAGAUUAG